UCAUUAAUGCCAUAAGUAAACUUUCCUCACCUUUUCAUAUUCAUCUUGGGUUUGAAGAACAUAACUUCUUUUUCUCUCAACAUAAAUUUGUGAUUUUUUUGUUUCUUUGACAAUUCCUUUUUAUGGGUUGUUCUUCUUAGAUUGUUACUCAGGUCAUUUUCGAGUAUAUCAGAGAAAAAAUUUACUCCAAAUUCAUGGCGGCCCUUGCAUUUUAAAUUGAACUACUCUACAGUGACUUUGCUGUAUUUUCUGGUGGGACUGGCGAAAAUUUAACUUGUUUUUCUUCAUCAUUGCUUGCUUGAGUCUUUGUUUUGGUUUAGCGACAAAAGUAUGUUUCAGAAUACUCAAGUGAAGCCAUUUGCAGGUCUUGGUUGAUGGAAGCAAGAAUCUUUCUCUUCACUUCUGCAAUCUGAUAAUCACAUUCUAGUAUCGUGAUUCGAGAGGGGUUCCCCUAAUCGUUCUGUGGAACCCCAUUUCAUUCAACCACCUAUCAAGAGAGGCUUUAAUAACGAAAGGGAAAGAAAGAGUCAAGUUUGGAAAUAAUGGAAUGCAAUAAAGACGAAGCGAUGAGGGCAAAAGACAUUGCCGUCAGAAAAUUCACAGAAAAAGAUUUUUCCGGUGCAAAGAAGUUUGCACUAAAGGCGCAGACUUUAUAUCAGGGCCUAGAUGGAAUCGCACAAAUGAUAGCCAGCCUCGAGGUUUACAUUUUAGGUCAAAACAAAAUAAACGGAGAAAUUGAUAUGUAUGGCGUACUCGGUGUUGCUCCGUUAGCUGAUGACGAGACCAUAAAGAAACAUUACAGGAAACUGGUAUUACAACUUCACCCUGAUAAAAACAAGUUUGUUGGUGCUGACGGUGCUUUUCAGCUCGUUACAGAAGCUUUUAACUUGUUAUCUGACAAAUCUAAGAGAGCUGCUUACAAUAGCCGCCGUAAUAUCAAACCAACCUUCCAGAAGGUUCCUCAGUCUGGUGUUUCAGUGCCAGCUGGCAGUGGGCAGUUUCAGCAGAAGUUUCCAACUCAUGUCGGAGUCGGAGUUGCAGUGCCAGGUGGCGGCAGAACAGCUGAUCAGAAGAUUCCAAUUCCGACACAGUUUGGUGCUAGGAAAACAGUUGAGCAACCUUUCAGGAACAACAACUCUCAACAAAAGGAUCCUGCUCAAAGUGGGAGUUCACCAGUUCCUGCUCAAAGUGGGGUUAAUGGUUAUCAGAAACAUUCUAGUUCAGCCGCCUCUUCUUCUUCACGUGGAAAGGCGGCACCACCAAAGAGUAGAACUCAAAAAGCUUCUUCUUCUUCUCCAACAGUUCAAUCUUUCUUUAACAGAGGUGAUACAUUCUGGACUAUGUGCACAAGAUGCAAGAUGCAAUACGAGUAUAUGCGUGUUUAUCUGAAUCAGAUUCUGAAAUGCCCGCAUUGUCAAGUGGGGUUUGCGGCUUCAGAAGUACCUCCACCUUCGAAUCUCGCACCGGUUCACCCUCAACAACAUCGAAAGCCGCCUUCUUCUUCUUCGAGCUCGAGACCUUCAACUUCUGGUGCGGCUAAUAAUAAUAAUAAUUCAUCCGGUACUACUGCAAGUGCUCGUUGGAGCCCUCUUUUCGGAACAACAACUUUUAACAACAAUACUGUUUAUAAUAAUAAUAGUUCCUUUCCUCAGAAAAACACUCCUGUUAAUGCUCAACCCAAAAGUGAUCAACAGAACAAGGCAGCUGGUAAACGGGAGAGGAAUGAUGAUCCUGGUUUAAGUGGAGGUGGUCCUUUAAAGAAGAUAAGGGAAAUGGUUGGUUCUGGUAAUAUUUUUGGAGGUGGUAUUCCAAUUCCAAGUCAACCAGGAACAGGAAUCUGGGAAACUGGAAUAAGAUUUUCAUCAGAAGUUGGAAGAAGAAAGUUUUUUGAAGGAAUCAGAUCAAAGAUUAAUCAUGUUAGCAGAGAAUUGUCAACUGUAGAAGUGAGAAAGAUGCUGUCUGAGAAAGCUCUUACGGAGAUACGCGAGAAAGUAAGAAAAUGGAAGUCGGAACGAGUUGCCAAAACUGCUGCCAAAGAGGCUGAGAUGGUCACGAUGACUGUACCGGAUCCUGAUUUUCACGUCUUUGAUUUGGACCGAUCAGAAAGUUGUUUUGCAGCCAAUCAGGUGUGGGCUACAUAUGAUGAUGAUGAUGGAAUGCCCCGUUUCUAUGUCAUCAUCAAUGAGGUCAUCUCAUUGGAACCGUUUCAAGUGAAGCUUAAUAAGCUCAACUCUAAAAGCACCACUGAGUUUGGCCCGUUGGGUUGGAUAGAAAAUGGGUACAUCAAGAGUUGUGGGGAUUUCUGGGUUGGGAGGUCCGAGACAAGAAAUUCACUGAAUUCGUUCUCCCAUAAAGUGAGGUGGGUUAAAGGGCCCCGCGGAGUUAUCCAGAUAUACCCACGAAAGGGAGAUAUUUGGGCUUUGUACAAGAACUGGGCCCCCGGUUGGAACAAAGAUACCCCGGAAGAAGUUGUACACGCGUACGACAUGGUGGAAGUGAUGAGUGACUACAACGAAGAACAAGGCGUGGAAGUUUCCCCUCUUGAGAAAGCUGCUGGUUUCCGAACUGUCUAUAAGAAGCCCGACUUAAAUGAGGUAACGCGGAUUUGGAGGGAGGAAAUGUUCAGAUUCUCUCAUCAGGUUCCCAAGCAUGUACUCACGGGUUUAGAAGGCCCGAAUGCUCCAAAGGGUUUUGUAGAACUUGACCCUGCUGCUACUCUGACAGAAGUUCCUCAGGUUACUGCACCAGGUUCAGGUUCAGGUUCAGGUUCAGGUUCAGGUUCAGGUUCAGGUUCAGGUUCAGGUUCAGGUUCAGACCUUCUUCAGGUGACUGCACCAGUUUCAGGUUCAGGUUCAGGUUCACGCCUUGUUCAGGUGACUGCACCAGGUAUCAAGGACCACUCAACAGGAACAGAUUCAGGUUCAGGUUCGGGUUCAGGUAUGCCGAAUAGGUAGGAUUGGUUAGCUAUCUUGGUUAGGAUUGAAUGAAGAAUCAACAUUUUGACAAGAAAUCUUGGUUAGAAUUCGCAACAAAGGAGCCGAACUUCUUUUUGGUAACAUUUUAGUUAUGGUUUGGUUUUUGGGAAUAGGGGUAUAGCCGUAUUAUAGGGUAACUACACAGGAGAAAUUUUCUGGGUUUUGCUUAUUACUAAGCAAAUUCUUGAAGUUUUCUUCAUAGUUUUUCUUUAGAAUAGUGUUAAGGCUGGUUUUAGUUGAUUAAUGUAGAAUUACAGACAGAACCCUUUUGCUAUAUCAGUCAAAGAUGGCGAAUUUUCUCCAUA